GUGCUACCAGCUUUUCUACUGUUCAUACGGUUUCAUCUAUUUGCAGAAGAAGAAGCACUCAACAAUAACAGAACAUGUCUGGAAGAGGAAAGACCGGAGGAAAGACCCGCGCUAAGGCCAAGACUCGCAGCUCCCGCGCCGGUCUGCAGUUCCCCGUGGGCCGCGUCCACAGGCACUUGAGAAAGGGUAAUUACGCCCAGCGCGUCGGUGCCGGAGCUCCGGUAUACCUGGCAGCGGUGCUGGAGUAUCUCACCGCCGAGAUCCUGGAGUUGGCUGGAAACGCCGCGAGAGACAACAAGAAGACCCGCAUCAUCCCUCGUCACCUUCAGCUGGCGGUACGCAACGACGAGGAGCUGAACAAACUGCUCGGUGGUGUGACCAUCGCACAGGGCGGCGUCCUGCCCAACAUCCAGGCCGUGCUGCUGCCGAAGAAGACCGGCCAGGCCGCUCCGACCUCCGGCAAGGCGGGAAAGAAGGCCUCCUCCCAGUCGCAAGAGUAUUAGCUUGCCGGCUAAUAACUAUCAACCCAAAGGCCCUUUUAAGGGCCACCCAAUCGUGAUUGAAAGAGCAAAGAUCCCCCUCUUCAUUCAUUUUCGCAAUACUUUUAUUCAAUAAACCGCUUGUUAUGUAAACGUG